CCACGUAAGCAGGGCCGCAUCAGCAGUGCCACGUCAGACACAGUGCCACGUCACACACAGUGCCACGUCAGACAAAGUGCCACGUCAGCAACAUGACGGGCUUGCCAGGCCAACUGCCCAACGAGUCCCUUGCAGCCUACAAGCAGCGGUUCCAGGAUCAGAUAGAGGCUGAGGAACAACGCCAGCUGGCAGCCGAGGCUGCCCGCGUACAGGCUGAAGAGGCAGCAGCAGCAGAACAACUGCAGCUACAGGCCGAUGCAGACGCAGAUGCCCAGGCUCGCCGCAAGGAAGCCCAGGAUCUGCUGCAGCGGCAUGAAGCCAACAGCAUCGACAGAUUCAAGUACUGGCAUUUUGAACCGAACGGCGACGAGGCAACACCAGAAGAGAAGCACAAGGAGUUCCUCUCCAAACUCGUGACGCGGUUGUUGUAUGCUUGCAACUACAAACGGUCAGAGUUGGAGAGACAGUACCAGGACCUGACGCAACAGCAUCAGGAGUUCGCACAGCUCCGCCGCAUGGUGCAGAGCCACGAGGAUGCAACUCGGGCACUCAAUGCCCGAUUGCUGGACCUGGAACAGGCUGUACCAGGACCAGCUGCUGGGGCUUUCAGCAGUGCACCCUCUAGCCGCCAACUGGAGGACCGCAUUGACCACGUAGUGGCAAUGCUCGGCGACAUCAGCACUUUCACUGCGCCGACCACCACUAUCAGCAGUCAGCUGCAUACAUUGAAGACCGAGGUCCAGCAGCUGCAGACGACGAACGCGGAUGGCAACCCGAAGAUGUAUAAGAUGCCAACUUUCAAUCUGGAGAGGUUCAACGACUACACGCAGCAGGAUCCGGUCCUCUGGUGGGAAGCAUUCACAACGCAACUCAGAAUUCUGCCUGUAGCCAAGCAUGCGUACAUCGGCGCCCUGUUCCUGAACUCAAAGGGCGGAUGCCAGACCUGGUUAUGCCACCUGGCAACCUCCCACGACGUCGACGUACCAGACUUGAAGGACCAAAUCACAUGGGAGGAACUGACACGGCUGUGGAAGAAGCGGUUCAUCAUCAACGACGUGCCGGCACUCGCCAUCAACCGUUUGUUCACCAUGUCACAGGGCAACACUGCAACAAGGGAUUGGCUCACGGAGUGGCAGAAGAUUGCGGCAGUGCCCAAUCUGGAGCUGCCUUUCACUCAUCUCAGACGUGAGUUCUACGACAGGUCCUGUGCUGCAUUGAGCCAGGCUCUUGGUGAAUGCGAGCAAUACUCAACCUUUGCUGAGAUUAUUGACAAAGCAAGGGAGAUCAUCAAGACCAACAGGUCAGCUGCACACGAGAAAUCACCAUGGCAUCCGACCUAUGUGGAGAAGGUACGAACUGGUCCGCGACAGCAGCACUUCGCUGCAGUCCAGCAGGACAGUGGAGAUAACCCAGCAGCCACUCCAGCAUCAAGUGACGGAGAUCAGGUGGCUGUUGUCCAGCCACGAAGCAACAACAAGUCCCGCAACAAUAGGAAGGCGAAAUCCGCAUCGCAGGCCGGAAAUGGACAGCCAGAACAAUUUCCAUGGGUCAAGUUUGGCUUGACCGAGGCGGAGUACAAGCUCGAGAAACUGAGCUCCGCAGAAGGUGAGGCGACUCCACCUUCUACUCCGCCAGAUUCGGCCGCCUUCCUAGCGGCCUCCUGCACAUCUAGGGAGGAUGCGAAUGUCGCAUGUCCUCGGUAUACUUACGAGGAUUAUGCUGUCCACUUGGUUCCACCGCUGGACCAACCGCUCCACGUGCAACAGUCCACCGCAUGCACGGUUUCAUCACCAUCGACAACCGAUUCGGCAGCUUCGCCGCCAUCUAUCGCCGGGGAUUCGACGUCAUGGUCAAGACUUGAAGAGCUCGACCCAUUGACGUUCACGGACUUCCAGUGGAUGCCCGUUCCCUCGACCGGACGAUUGCCGGAACCGCAUUGCAACGUGCUUAUGGCACAAUUGCGGGACUACUUGCACACUGCAGUACCAGCUCCGUCGAUGGACGCCGGAGCAGAGGUUGUCGACCUUCACGUUUACAUCGCAAAGAUCGACCGCGAGUUCAAGACGCAACGGUACGACGACAUCGACGCACCAUUGCUAUACAUACGCAUUCAGAUCGGAGAGGCGACCUGCAGUGCCUUGAUCGAUUGCGGAGCAACUCGCAACUACAUCAGCCAGGACUUCAUGGUAUGCGCCGGCCUUGGCCCACGUGUCCGGAGGAAGUCCCAACCUACGCAAGUCACUCUGGCAGACGGUCAUACGCACAAGUCCAUCGACCGGUGCAUUGACGUCGUCCCAGUGUACUUUGCCCCUCACGCAAGUGAGGCGGUGUCCUUUGACAUUCUGGACACCAAAUUCGACAUGAUCUUGGGCAUGUCAUGGYUGCGAAGCAAGGAUCACCCGGUGAACUUCUUCAACCGCACCGUUCACRUYCGUGAYCRGAACGGMGUAUUAGUUYCRYGCACGGUGCCUCUUCCUCAUCCUUCGAUCAGCUGCCACGUGGUAUCCGCCGCAAGCAUGCGAGCUUCCAUCAUCAGAGACGACAUCGAGGAGAUGGGGGUGUGUUUUCUCCACGCCCUCCCGCCCCAUGACGCUUCAUCGACGGACUCACCUUCGGAUCCACGCAUCACCGAACUUCUCGACGCCUACAGCGACGUGUUCAAAGGCUCGCACGGAGUAGUACCAGAUCGACCCAUCCGCCACGAGAUCAUCCUCGAGGACGGGGCCGUACCUCCGCGUGAUUGCAUCUACCAAAUGAGCGAGGAAGAGUUAAGUGUGCUUCGGGCACAACUCGACGACCUUCAAGAGAAAGGCUGGAUUCGGCCUAGCUCAUCGCCAUACGGUGCUCGUGUUCUCUUCGUCCGGAAGAAGAACAAGGACCUGCGGUUGUGCAUCGAUUAUCGCAAGCUCAACGCGCACACAAUCAGGAACGCCGGCCCUCUCCCACGCAUCGACGACCUUCUCGAGCGAUUGGGCGGCGCCCAGUUCUUCUCUAAGCUGGAUCUCAAGUCAGGGUACCACCAACUCGAGAUUCGCAAGAAGGAUCGCUACACGACCGCGUUCAAGUCACGGUAUGAGUAUUUUGAAUGGCUGGUCAUGGCAUUUGGCCUUACGAAUGUCGCAGCCACUUUCCAAGCGGCUAUGACGACGGAGUUCCGACACAUGCUGGAUCGUUUCGUACUUAUCUACCUCGACGACAUUCUGGUUUACAGCCAGAGUCUGGACGAGCAUGUGAAACACCUGCGCACCAUUUUGGAGCGGCUACGACAGGCCAAGUACAAAGCAAACCGCGACAAGUGCGAGUUCGCACAGCAGGAGCUGGAGUACUUGGGACACUAUGUGACGCCGCACGGCAUCCGUCCGCUUGCGGACAAGAUCGAGGCCCUACGAGUAUGGCCCGAGCCCACCAACACCACGGACGUUCGUUCAUUCAUGGGGUUGGCGGGCUACUAUCAGCGAUUCAUCACCGGAUACUCAAGGAUUGCUGCACCUAUGACGAGGUUACAGUCGCCAAAGRUGCCAUUCGUAUUCGAUGACGACGCACGCAGGUCAUUCCAAGCACUUAAGACGACCAUGCUCAUGGCACCCGUCCUCAACAUCUAUGACCCCACCUUGCCGACGACAGUGACUACGGACGCUUCCGACUAUGGCAUUGGGGCAGUCUAGAAACAGCACGACGGCGACGACUGGCACCCUGUGGAGUGUUUCAGCCACAAAGUGCCUCCCAUCAACUCG